AUGGCCGCCCUCUCAACAACCCUCCCCCUAACCCGCGACUCCGUCCUCCAAGCCCACGCCGUCAUCCAGCCGCACGUCCACCGCACGCCCGUGGUCACCAACCAGACCCUCUCGCAGCUGGCCUCGACGCCCCGGAGCCUCGAGGGCACGCGCUUCGCCGGCCGGACGCCCGCCCGCCCCGUCCUGCGGCUGUGGUUCAAGUGCGAGAACCUGCAGCGCAUCGGCGCGUUCAAGGUCCGGGGCGCGUUCUAUGCGCUGCACAGGCUGACGGAGGAGCCGGGCUGGGUGGAGGGCGGGGGGAAGGACAAGGGCGUGGUGACGCAUAGUUCUGGCAACCAUGCGCAGGCCCUCGCCCUCGCAGCGAGAGAACACGGCAUCACGGCCCACAUCGUCAUGCCUCGCAUCUCCAUCCCCGCCAAGAUCGCCGGCACAAAGGGGUACGGCGCAAAGGUCGUCUUCAGCGGCAGCACGAGCGUCGAGCGCGAGGCCGUCGUCGAGCAGGUGGUUGCCGAGACGGGCGCGCGCCUCGUCCCGCCGUACGACCACCCGGACAUCAUGCUCGGCCAGGGCACGCUGGGCCUGGAGCUGCAGGAGCAGACGACGAGAAAGGGGCUUGAUGCUGUGAUUGCGCCGUGCGGUGGCGGGGGGAUGCUCUCUGGCGUGGCGCUGAGCUGCGAGGGGACGGGCAUCCGCGUCUUUGGCGCCGAGCCUUCGUAUCAGGGCGCCGACGACGCGAAACGAGGCUACGAGGCUGGCGAGCGUGUCACGGCGGUGUCUUCGCUGACGGUGGCGGACGGGCUGCGGACGCCGGUGGGCGUGCACCCUUGGAGCGUCAUCUACGAGCGGCGCCUGGUCAGCGGCAUGUUCAGCGUCACGGACGAGGAGAUUCUCAAGGCCAUGAGGCUCGUCUACGAGCGGAUGAAGCUGGUCGUCGAGCCGAGCGCGUGCGUGCCGCUGGCGGUGGCGCUGUUUGACGAGGACUUUCGGGGUCUUGUCGAGAGGGAGGCGGGCGAGGAGGGCUGGGAUUUGGGGGUGGUGUUUAGUGGGGGGAAUGUUGCUGUUGAGGCUUUGGGGAAGUUGCUCGCUGGAGAGAAUUGA